AUGGCCUCGGUCAGCACUCUAAACACUUCUGAGUCCAUUAACAGUGGCUAUCUGAAAACCAGCCACAGCCUCCGGCAUGACUACGAUGACACUCAGGCAGCUCAGAAGACCGCCUUUGGUGACUGGCGCGAUGACUUUUUCAAGAAGGGAUACACGGUGGUUAAAGGUGCCAUUCCACGCGAACGGGCCAAUGCGUACAGAGAGAAAGCGCUGGAUUGGUUCCAGAAGUUCCCAUUCGGAUUCGAUAUCAGCGAUAAGUCGACCUGGAAGGCAGAAAACCUGCCCGUGAUGAUGAACGGUGGCAUGGUCCUGAACUACUGUGCCGCCCAUGAGAAAUGGGUUUGGGAGGCUCGCUCUGAGCAAGGCGUUAUCGAACCCUUUGCCAAGCUCUGGGGUACCAACGAGCUUCUAGUCUUGUUUGAUGCAGUAAACAUCACUCUUCCUGGACGCACAGAUCUGAAAUGGAAGUCGUGGCCCCAUGUUGAUCAGUCCCCCACUCGGAAGGGUCUUGCCUGCGCUCAAGGCAUCAUCAACCUCUCGCAGGCUGGUCCCUUGGAUGGUGGUCUUCAGUUGCUCCAGGGCAGCUCAGAGCUCUUUGAUCAGUUCUUAAAGGAGCACCCGCCACAGCCUAAGGCGGCCGAUGCACCUGGUCAGUUCGACUGGUUCGGUUUCACUUUGGACGAUGUGAGAUGGUUCGAGGACCAUGGCUGCAAACUUAUCAAGAUCGAUGCUGAGCCGGGCGAUCUGAUCAUUUGGGACUCUCGAACUGUGCAUUAUGCUUCUCUACCGCAGAGCGAGACCAUUCGUACCAUUAUUUAUGCCACCUAUACCCCGGCCAAGCUUGCCACCCCUGACGAUUUGGCGAAGAAGGUCGCAUUGUUUCACAAGUACGAAGGGACUACACAUUGGCCUCAUUGUAAUAUAUUCGGGCAAGGCAAGGCAAUGAGAGGAGACGAGAUGUGCCAUGGUGAAAGAGACGAGCCUCUGGAGAAGCCGGUACUGACUGAUACUGUUUUGAGGCUGGCUGGAGUUCAGCCUUACUGA